AUGGACGGAAAAGGAAUUCGGCUUUCUAAACGUUAUGUAAUUUGCCUAUUUUCUUGCGUCUGGUUUGUACUAAUUAUCUCGCAUAUUUCAUUUUCUGCUCUGCAAUAUUUUGCUGUUUCUGAAUUACAUCGUCUUCUGAACCAGUUAAAAACGACUGUUGGGUUUUAUCUUUGCAAUCGGAACGAUCGCUACUCCGUAUUUAACGAGAUUGGAGAGCGUUGUGAUUCAAUCUCCGUAUUCCACGAUUUUGGACAUUUUUUACUUAGAGGGCAUACUUUAUUUACUCUUUUCUUCCUUUUUGUUUCAAUAGCAAUAUUUUUGGCUACAAUAUUUUGCCAUUGGAGAGUGAAUUUGCAACAUGAUUUUUUGAAUUCGAGGAAUUCAGGGAACAGGAGAAAGCGGUGAUUUUUUAUACAGAGAGGAUUCAACCAGAAAAUAAAACCUUUCUUUAGCGAGCACAGCCCUUAUCGUCGACGUGAAACUCUUUUUAAUACGCUACUCCUUUCUCUUGGGGCAUUUUUCAUCUCUGUUUCUGGCCGAAGCUUUAUAGAGAUUGCUGUCUUUUGGGUUAGUGAUAGGAGGGAUGUUACUCGACUAGCUGCUGCUUAUCAGUUGUUCCGAAUCGCUGCGUUUAUUGAUCCAUUACUGAAUCCACUCUUAGUGGCUGUCAGAACCCCUGCCAUACGUCGAAAGCUCCGUCACCAUUUUUAUUUAACCCUACAAAUAUUUUGUGCAGUAUUUUGUCCUUGUUG